AUGGGCAUCUGCUUGUCGAUCGGCGAGCGGCCGGCCAAGGAGGAUAUCGUCGUCGCGGUCCCGGAACGAAGCGGGUCAGACGACGCGCUGGGUCCGAGCGCGAGCCACUGCAGGCAAACUGCCAGCAGGGACAGCCACCGGCGCGUCAGGCCGUCCAAAGUCACGGACACCUCCCCGGGCAACUCCCUCACCGAAGCAUGUCGCCGGACCGACGACCCGUACCGCGCCACCACCUUCAGAGAGACGCCGCAAUGCAGCAGCAUCUGUGCCUACGUCGAGAACCAGCCGGAGCGCAAGGCCGUCGUGCGCGCCUCCACGGGGGGCGAGCCCUCCCCGCCGUGCCGCGCGCGGCCCUCCGGCGCCGCCGGCCCGCAGUCCCGCGCGCACCGCUUCUCCUGCUCCGGGAAGCCGCCGAGCCAACGGAUGCUCGACGUGCCGCCCGCGAAGAAGGACUGGACCGUCGUGCCGGACGACUUCCGCCACCUGGCGAACCUCGACCCGUUCGAGCGGUCGAUGCUGCACCGCGGCAGCCGGCGCGCAGAGACGCCGCGGCAGUCGCGCGCCACGGGCCCGCGCAGCCUGCGCGAGGCGACCCCGUCGACGACGCGCAACGCCGGGGACCCGAGCGACAAGGGCGACACCGACAGCGUGGGCGUGGGCGUGAGCGUGAGCGUGCGCCCCCCGCUCGCGGCGCUGCCGCCGGGGCACGUGGUCCUGGGGGCGGAGACGCCCGCCAAGUCGGAGAACGCGUCGGUGGCGUGCCCGCGGCGGCAGCUGGGCCGGGACGUGGCGUCGACGGUCGGCGUGGCGUCGCGGAGCACGCUCGCGGUGUCGUCUGGCGCGCUGAUGCCCGCCAGGAGCACUCCGGGGCAGGGCAGCCUGGUGGAGGGCGUGAACGAGUCCGCGAUCGCGCUGGAGAUGAAGCUCUCGUCCAAGGUCCGCCACCGCACGGCGAUCGUGCCGCAGGCGGUCAACCCGUUCCUCAAGUACGAGGAGUGA